GUCCCUUCCACCAGCCCGCUAGUACGCCCAGGCCCUGCGUGCCGGCUCCAGCCCCGCGGCCCGCUCUCCCCACCCUUCCCGGCUCGGCUCCCGUCGCCCGCGCAGCCCGCCGCCGCCGCCGCGGGCGGACCCAGCGCUCUGCUCCGCUUGGGUGCGCGCCACGGCCAUGCAGCGCCGGGGCGCCCUGUUCGGCAUGCCGGGCGGCAGCGGCAACAGGAAGAUGGCUGCAGGAGACAUCGGCGAGCUGCUGGUGCCCCACAUGCCCACGAUCCGCGUGCCCCGGUCCGGGGACAGGGUUUACAAGAACGAGUGCGCCUUCUCCUACGACUCCCCCAAUUCUGAAGGUGGACUCUAUGUAUGCAUGAAUACAUUUUUGGCCUUUGGAAGGGAGCAUGUUGAAAGACAUUUUCGAAAAACUGGACAGAGUGUCUACAUGUACCUGAAGAGACAUGUGCGUGAGAGGGUAAGAGGGGCAUCUGGUGGAGCUUUACCCAAAAGGAGGAAUUCCAAGAUUUUUUUAGAUCUAGAUACUGAUGACGAUUUAAAUAGCGACGAUUAUGAAUAUGAAGAUGAAGCCAAACUUGUUAUAUUCCCAGACCACUAUGAAAUAGCACUACCAAAUAUUGAGGAGUUACCAGCCCUGGUAACAAUUGCUUGUGAUGCAGUUCUCAGCUCAAAAUCUCCAUACAGAAAGCAGGACCCAGAUACGUGGGAAAAUGAAUUGCCAGUGUCCAAAUAUGCAAAUAAACUCACCCAGUUAGACAACGGAGUCAGGAUUCCUCCAAGUGGUUGGAAGUGUGCCCGGUGUGACCUGCGAGAAAACCUCUGGUUGAAUCUGACCGACGGCUCUGUGCUGUGUGGGAAGUGGUUCUUUGACAGCUCCGGGGGCAACGGGCAUGCGCUGGAGCAUUACAGAGACCUGGGCUACCCUCUGGCUGUGAAACUGGGAACCAUCACUCCUGACGGGGCAGAUGUUUAUUCUUUCCAAGAAGAGGAACCUGUUUUGGAUCCUCAUUUGGCCAAGCACUUAGCGCAUUUUGGAAUUGAUAUGCUUCAUAUGCAUGGGACAGAGAACGGGCUCCAGGACAAUGAUAGCAAGCCGCGGAUCAGCGAGUGGGAGGUGAUCCAGGAGACGGGGACGAAGCUGAAGCCCAUGUAUGGCCCCGGAUACACGGGUCUCAAGAACCUGGGCAACAGCUGCUAUCUCAGCUCUGUGAUGCAGGCCAUCUUUAGCAUCCCGGAAUUCCAGAGAGCGUAUGUAGGAAAUCUUCCAAGAAUAUUUGACUACUCUCCUUUAGAUCCAACACAAGAUUUUAACACACAGAUGACUAAGUUAGGACAUGGCCUUCUCUCAGGCCAGUAUUCAAAACCUCCCAUGAAAUCUGAGCUCAUUGAACAGGUGAUGAAGGAGGAGUACAAGCCUCAACAGAAUGGGAUCUCACCACGCAUGUUUAAGGCCUUUGUGAGCAAAAGCCACCCGGAAUUCUCCUCCAACAGACAGCAGGAUGCCCAGGAAUUUUUCUUGCACCUGGUGAAUCUAGUAGAGAGGAACCGCAUUGGCUCAGAAAACCCAAGUGAUGUUUUUCGGUUUUUGGUGGAAGAACGUAUUCAGUGCUGUCAGACCCGAAAAGUCCGCUACAUGGAGAGGGUGGAUUACCUGAUGCAGUUACCUGUGGCCAUGGAGGCGGCAACCAACAAGGAUGAACUGAUCGCCUAUGAACUAACGAGAAGGGAAGCAGAAGCAAACAGAAGACCCCUUCCCGAGCUGGUUCGUGCCAAGAUACCAUUUAGUGCCUGCCUUCAGGCCUUUUCUGAACCAGAAAACGUUGAUGAUUUCUGGAGCAGCGCCCUACAAGCAAAGUCUGCGGGUGUGAAAACAUCUCGCUUUGCCUCAUUCCCUGAAUACUUGGUAGUGCAGAUAAAGAAGUUCACUUUUGGUCUUGACUGGGUUCCCAAAAAAUUUGAUGUUUCUAUUGAUAUGCCAGACCUACUUGAUAUCAACCAUCUCCGAGCCAGGGGGUUACAGCCAGGAGAGGAGGAACUUCCGGACAUCAGCCCCCCCGUAGUUAUUCCUGAUGACUCAAAAGAUCGCCUGAUGAACCAGUUGAUAGACCCAUCAGACAUCGAUGAGUCAUCGGUGAUGCAGCUGGCCGAGAUGGGUUUCCCUCUGGAAGCUUGUCGGAAGGCUGUGUAUUUUACUGGAAAUAUGGGAGCCGAAGUGGCCUUCAACUGGAUCAUUGUUCACAUGGAAGAGCCAGAUUUUGCCGAGCCGCUGACCAUGCCAGGUUAUGGAGGAGCAACUUCUGCUGGAGCCUCUGCUGGAUUGGAUAACCAACCUCCGGAGGAAACUGUAGCUCUCAUUACCUCCAUGGGAUUCCAUCGAAAUCAGGCUCUUCAGGCGCUACGAGCAACGAAUAGUAACCUGGAAAGAGCACUGGAUUGGAUCUUUAGCCACCCUGAGUUUGAGGAGGACAGUGACUUUGUGAUCGAGAUGGAGAAUAAUGCCAAUGCGAACAUUAUUUCUGAAGCCAAGCCUGAAGGACCUAGAGUCAAGGAUGGAUCUGGAAUGUAUGAAUUAUUUGCGUUCAUCAGUCACAUGGGGACAUCUACAAUGAGUGGACAUUAUGUUUGUCACAUCAAAAAGGAAGGAAGAUGGGUGAUCUACAAUGACCACAAAGUUUGUGCCUCAGAAAGGCCCCCUAAAGACCUGGGCUACAUGUACUUUUACCGCAGGAUACCAAGCUAAACCUCAGACGUACAAAUUGGCGAGAAGAAGCCAUACACCUUUUUAAUUUGCCAAAAAAAAAAAAAAAAAAAAGUAAGAA